AUGUUGCCAAAUAUUACCCAAGACUCGCCUCUUGCAGCUGCAGUAGCCGGCGUCAUCCAGCCAAAGUUGGUCGAAAUAGGUUGGAGUACAGACGACGGUCAAGAAGGGGCGCUCAUUGAAUACAUCGUUCUCAUGCUAGUGAAUGGUAAAACUGAAGAGGAACUCGCAAAUGAACUUUCAAACGACUUCCUUGGAUUGGAGGAAGGUGAUACACAGGCUCUUGAAUUUUCAAGGUGGCUGUUUGCGCAGGUUGAGGCUCUCAACCAACAGAUCAACGGAGGACCACCAGUCGAAGCUCCCCCCCCAACCAAGAUGGGUGAUGCAAGUGAUAUUCCUACAGGACCAAAGUCUAUGCGCAACAACCGAAAUGCUGGCAAAGGAAGAAUGCUCAACCAAAUCAACCGCAACCUAGAUCGCCAACACGAUGGAGCUCUUCACCGAGUCCGCGGACAGCAAGGAAACGGACGAAUCAAUGGCCAUGGCAAUGGUCGCGAUCAAAUGAGAGGUAACCGACGUGGUGGCCGGAACAUGAAUGGCAUGGGGAUGCAAGGUGGUCAUAUGGGUGGACCCAUGAUGCAGAUGACUCCUGAGAACCAGAUGCAACUCAUGACGAUGUUGGAGGAGCAGGCUAGAAUGAUGUCUCAAUUGAUGCCUGGAUUUGUCCCUCCUGCUGUCAACCCUGCUUUCCAGAACGGCAACCAGCAAGGUCGGUCAUUAUUUGAUCGUGUUGAGCGACAGGGCCAGGGGCAGGGCCAGCGUGGUGGGGGUCGUUUCAACAAGCGUGCCCAAAACCAACGACCUCAGGGAGCUGCGGACGUUGAUAUGGAUGCUGAAAUGGGUGGCGAACAGACUGAGAGCAACCCUGAUGGUGUUUGUCGCUUCAACCUUCGCUGCACUCGCAAGGACUGCCCAUUUGCCCACCAAUCCCCUGCUGCCCCAGAAGGAACCUCAGUUGACGUGUCUGAUGUCUGCUCAUUUGGAGCAGCUUGCAAAAACCGCAAGUGCACAGGUCGCCACCCCUCCCCAGCCGUCAGGUCCGCCCAUCAAUCCGAGGAGGUGUGCCGAUUUUUCCCUCGCUGCACUAAUCCCCAUUGCCACUUCAAGCACCCCGACAUGCCACGCUGCCGCAAUGGUGCUGAUUGCAAGGAAGAGGGAUGCAAGUUCACACAUAUCCAGGUCGCUUGCAAGUUUAACCCAUGCAUGAACCCAAGUUGCCCUUACAAACACGCUGAAGGUCAACGUGGUGCUUUUCCAGACAAGGUCUGGACGGCAAACCACGUUAGCGAGCGCAAAUUUGUGGCUGACGAAGGCGCAGAGGAGCUCAUCAAGCCUGAGACUGCUGGAGACGGAUCUCAAAACCAGGAUGAGCUUAUUGCCUGA